UGUGGGUGCGGGGAAGCCGGCGGGGCGCGCAGCGAUAGGGCAGACACGAGCAGGCCUUCGGGAGCAAAGGGCUUGCAGCUUGUUUCCUUUCUCUGUUGUUAUUUUGGUUGGGUUUGUUCUUGUUUGGUUGGGGCUUUUUUGUUGUGUUUUGUAGUUUUUCUCCCACGACACUGUGGCGGUGACUCUGUACCCCGGGGAAAGGGAGGUCCCUGCGCGGGGUCUGCCUUGUGUCAGCCAAGCACCCUGGGGUGUGAGCAGAGUCUCUGGCGGAGUGACGUCGCUGACAUCGCUUCAGCGAGGUUGUGAAACACUCUUCUCUCUUUGCCUGAGGAGAGGAGGUCCGAGCCAGCAGAGCAGCCCCCAAACACAGGCUCAGAAAGAACGUGCUUUGGGCCCAGAAUCCAGGGGAGGUAUAUUGGAGUCGCCUCAGAGUCUGUUUCAUGACACUUCAGGUGACCUCUCCUGUCUGUUGAUUGGAUCAGAGGCUUUUGUUACCCUUGGAUCCAAGAAAGAAUUAAGUUUAUGAAAGAAGAAGAGUUUGAAGUGCUGAAACCUCACUGUUCUUCAGGAAAAAAACUAAACCAACUACAAAACAAAAAACUCAAAAAAAAAAAGCAAUGGGCCAAGGCCUUGGCAAAACUGCCUGGCCCAAACCUGCCGGAGGAUAUCAAACUGUUACAGGUGGAGGAUGUGGAAGAAGACAUUCCUAUGUUGGGUUUAGACCAUUUUUGAAUACUCAAGAAAGAGAUGGACAUCAACAGAACAAUGACUGCAAACAGUUAGAACUGGAAGAUGUUCAGAAAGAGAAUUCUUUAGCUUUCUCUGGAGAUUCCAAUCCAUUGGUUCAAGUUUCUGCUGAUUUAUUAGAUGAGACUUUGUCAAAAGAUACUGGCAUUAGAGAACCUGUUAGCCAAAGUGCAUCAAGCCAAACUUCUGAAGUGACCACAUCACCAUUAUCUGUAUUCUGUUAUGGCCUAGAAGGCAACCACAUUUCACCAGACUUGAUGAAUCCUUAUGAAAAAUCUGAGGACCUUGCAGAGUACGUGUCUGGAGGGCAUAAUGGUUUGAAUGGUAAAAAUGGAAUUGCUUUUGUAAACAUUGACUCCUAUGAGCCAGAUAGCAGUGAUGGAGAGGAAGAGGAUGCUCUAGACAAGUAUUCUUGGAUAAAAGAAGCAGCAGGUCUGAUUCAGGGAAGACUAGACAACAUACUUUCGCAGUGUGAAAAAGAAGUGGAGUCUCUUAAUGACUUACAGUCCCAACUGCCGGCUUUCAACCACAGCAUUUAUAGAGAAAAUUGUGAAGAAGCGGGACCAAUGCCUUUGGUAAGUCCAGGCAAUAGGACACUUAAAUCUGCUGAAGAUGAAGCUACACCAAAAAUUAGUCUGAAUGAUGACAGUUAUGAAACACAGCAGGUAAAACAUUUAGUGGAUGUUGGAAUUGGAAUCCCCAUACCAGUUGCUGAUGUGUUAAACAUCAGUGAUGGAGAGACUGACCAAGAAAAUUCAUCUGAGCUAGUAGUGAGACCUAAAAUUAGAAAACAAAAUAUUGCAAAACAUCUGGAGAGAGAAAGUUGUCUCCUGAAUGAUGAUGAAGAGGGAAGCAAUUACUGGAGGAGAAUUGGAAUUGCUGAUGUCCAGCAAUGCCAUCCUGAGUGUCCCUUAAGAGAUGGCAAAGACGAGAUGAGUUCUGGUGUGUUCUUUCUCUCAAGAAUGCACAGUCAUCAAAGGAACAUAGAAAUAGACUUAAGAAGAAAUGAAGAACAAAACAAUUUUCCAAGUGACAGUGCUUUUUGGAAUGAGCUUGAAGGCCACAACACACAUUACUUAAUGUCCCCCAAAGAUGAAGACAGCUCAGAGUGCAGUGAUGGAGAAUGGUCUGCAGCUGUACCUUCCUAUUUUACUGCUGUGGAAAAAGAGCAGUCUUCAAGUGAUGAAAGCUGGGAGACUGUCUCAUGCAGGGAGGAGCGUGACCCUGGUGUACAGAGGAGGAGCAGUGGUGGGAAACAGGAGAGCAUAGACUUCUGUUUCCAGGAAGGGGAGCAGGCAUUAUUGGAGGAAGGUGAAAUUCCUUGGUUACAGUAUCGAGAAGAAGCAGAAAGUAGCAGUGACGAGGAAAAUGAUCCAAUUAGUGAUUUUGUACAUCUUGGAUUCUUCUUGUUGGAUGGAAAUAACAACCUUGAGGAUGACUCCAGUGUGAGUGAAGACCUGGAUGUGGAGUGGAGACUACUUGAUGAGUUUGGUGACGGCCUAGGACUUGCUCAAGCCAUUCCUUACAUGGAACCUCAAUUUCUCACAUUUAUGGCACUAGAGGGACGCUUAGAAGCUGUGGAGACAGCUCUGGCACAGUUGGAGUCUCUUACAUUUGACGUUGAACAGACUCAUCCGCCAGCUACGAAGGAAACUAUAGAUCGUCUGCCACAGAUUGUUGUUACAGGUGACUACAAUGGUCAAGAGCAGUGUUGUACUAUCUGUUGCAGUGAAUAUGUGGAAGGUGAAAUCAUAACAGAGCUACCCUGUCGUCAUUUGUUUCACAAACCUUGUGUAACUCUUUGGUUACAGAGGUCGGGAACAUGCCCUGUUUGUCGUCAUGUGCUUGCACCUGUACUUCCCGAAGCAACUGAUGACACUGGUUUUUUUCUUUGAUUCAUGAUUCAGCAUCUUCCGCUAACAUUGCUACAGGACCCUCGGACUAGGGUCAAAAAUAAAAUGUACCACCAAAAUAAAAAAGUAAAUUUUGCCGGUUUUAAUUACA